AUGCCCACCGCCUUAGCGGACCAGUUAAUCCGCUCCGAGUCCCGUCCACCUUUCAGCUCCCUGCUCGACUUGGUGUCUGCGAUCAUUCGGUCCUUUCUUCUUUCUUUGACCAGGUUUCUCGCGGUUAUGGCUCUCAAAUAUCCAGUGGGCGGCCUCGCCGCGGCCUUUCUCGUUAUCGGGCUGUAUAUGCUCUUCCAUGGCGAAGGAGAAGCGUUCAAUGUCGGCCGCUUUCUCGAGGAAGUUUCGCCCUACGCCUGGGCGAACAUUGGCAUUGGGUUGUGUAUAGGCUGCUCGGUGAUCGGAGCUGCCUGGGGUAUUUUCCUCACGGGCUCGUCGAUCGUUGGUGGAGGUGUCCGAGCACCCCGAAUUCGCACCAAGAACUUGAUUUCGAUUAUCUUCUGUGAGGUCGUGGCCAUCUACGGUGUGAUCAUGGCCAUUGUCUUCUCCGCGAAGCUCAAUUCGGUCGCCCAGGAUGAGCUCCACUCCUACAGCAACUACUAUACCGGAUAUGCGAUCUUCUGGGGAGGAAUCACCGUGGGCCUGUGCAAUCUGAUCUGUGGUAUCUCGGUUGGCAUCAAUGGAAGUGGUGCGGCGUUGGCCGAUGCGUCUGAUCCCUCCCUAUUCGUCAAGAUCCUCGUGAUCGAAAUUUUCAGUUCCGUGCUCGGCCUGUUUGGUCUGAUUAUCGGCCUGUUGGUAGCCGGGAAAGCGCCUGAUCUGGGGUCGGCUUAA